GUUUACGACAGUGAGUUCAUUUCCGGCACUGGGUGUUGCGCUUGGGGGCGGAAGCUGCGGAGAGGAGGGGGGAGCAAAACAAAGGGGGUGUGAGGGGCCGGGGGAGCCGGGAUGUGAAGAGAGAGAGAGAGAGAGAGGCGGCGGCGGCGAGAGCGGCCCAGGUGGGAAGAAUGAAAGAAAGGAGGGAUAAAAGAAUGUUGAACUAUUCUGUAUGGCUGUAUGAUGGAAGGAAACAGAACGGAGAAUCUCUGCAGUAGAUCAUUUGGAUGGGUUCAACGACAAGAUAAUGAUGCUAAACCAUGGCUCUGGAAAUUCUCUAAUUGCUUUUCUACCACUGAACAGACUUCGCCUUUCAGUGCAAAACCGAAAGAUUACAUGGAGAACAAGAAAGUUGUUGUGGAAUUGAAGGAUGCUUUAUCUCCUCUUCAUGCUGGCUCUAAACUCUUUCCAGCAGUACCACUUCCUGAUGUUCAUUCUCUUCAGCAACAGCAAAUACAGCUUUCACCUAGCCCCAAAGUAAGCUGCUGCGCUCAUGGAUCUGACUCCUCUUGUACUCCUAAGAUGCAUUGUGGUGGUGGUGGUGGUGGUAGCUUGAUUCGUCCUGGCACAAUAUUAGACUCUCAAAGCACUGGGACAAUUACUUGUCAAGUAGGGUCAGAGUUUGCUUAUCAGUCUGCAUCUUCACUCAAGAAUGCUCCAGCUAGAAGCAGUUUGUCAGGCAUUGCAAGUGACUUCCCCAGCAUGUGCAUAGAAAAUAAUGUAUCUUCCUGUCAACAUCUGCCAUGUUGUGGAAAACUCCAUUUCCAGUCCUGUCAUGGUAGUGUGCACAAACUGCAUCAAUUUCCAGCCCUUCAGAGUUGCACAUCUUCUGGCUAUUUUCCCUGUUCCGAAUUUACAAGUGGGGCUACAGGGCACUUGGAGGAGCAUAUUACACAGUCGGAGCUAACAUCACGUGUAUGCACCAACUCUUUGCACCUAAAUGUGGCACCUUCGGUCUGUUUAAAGGGCUCUCACUACUGUAAUGAAUGUUUAAGCAAGCCAACCAGAAAUAGCUUAAUUGAUGCUGCUAAAAUCUGGCCAAAUAUUCCCCCUCCCAGUACGCAGACUGCACCCAUAUCUAUCCCAAUGUGUAAUGGCUGCGGAACCAAAGGAACAGGAAAAGAGACAAGUUUAUUACUGGCAAGUAGCCUGGGCAAAUCACCACAAAAAUAUGGGUCUCCAGAAGUUGCAAUAACAGGCCAGGUGCUGGAGAACUUGCCCCCAAUUGGAGUCUUUUGGGAUAUUGAAAACUGUUCUGUUCCCACUGGCCGUUCAGCUGUAGCAGUUGUACAACGAAUUCGUGAAAAGUUUUUUAAAGGUCACAGGGAGGCAGAAUUCAUCUGUGUAUGUGACAUUAGUAAAGAAAAUAAAGAAGUUAUUCAGGAGCUGAACAACUGCCAGGUGACUGUUGCACACAUCAAUGCCACAGCAAAGAAUGCAGCUGAUGACAAGCUCAGACAGAGUCUUAGAAGGUUUGCUGAUACACACACUGCACCUGCUACUGUGGUCCUUGUAUCAACUGAUGUAAACUUUGCUUUGGAACUCAGUGACCUGAGACACCGGCAUGGUUUCCAGAUAAUCUUGGUACAUAAGAACCAAGCUUCUGAAGCACUCUUGCAUCAUGCUCAUGAGCUUAUCAGAUUUGAAGAAUUUAUUUCAGACUUGCCACCAAGGUUACCAUUGAAAAUGCCAUCAUGCCAUACACUGUUAUAUGUUUACAACCUGCCAACGAACAGAGACAGCAAAAGUGUCAGCAACAGACUCAGGCGUUUAUCAGAUAACUGUGGAGGGAAGGUGCUGAGCAUUUCUGGUAGCAGUGCAAUUCUCCGCUUUUCAAACCAAGAAAGUGCUGAACGUGCUCAAAAGCGAAUGGAAAAUGAAGAUGUGUUUGGCAACAGGAUUAUUGUGUCUUUUACCCCCAAAAACAAGGAACUCAAUGAAACAAAAAAUUCAAACUGUGUUGGAGCUGAAAAGGUGAAGUCUCCAAAAAAAGUGAACAAGAACCCAAAACUGUGCCUCCUCAGCAAAGAUUCAAAUGAUCAGUCUUCCAAUGCCAAAACCACUGUGGGAAAGGGAUUGCAGAUGCAUGGAUCUGCUACAAAACCCACAAAUGUUAAAACAUUACAGGAGCUGUGCCGCCUUGAAUCAAAGACCAUCAUAAAAAUUGAAAACCAGCAAGACCAGUUAAGAGAGACUCACACACAAAACUCUAAUGCAGCAAAUCUUGUGUGCUUGGCAACCAAAAACACAGGAAUAGGAGAAUUGACCUAUAAAUGCAGUCAGAAGUAUGUUAAGGAAAAAAAUUAUGUUUUUAAAGUUCAUUCAUAUAGUAAAAUUGAGCUAUUCAAUUAUGAUUAUUAUUUUUUUAAUAGAAAAGACAUGCCCGCUUCUAGAAGCUCUACCAACUCUCCUAUAGAGAAAAAAGAUAAAGAUGCAGUUGUAUUCCAGGUCAGCUACCCAUCUGCUUUCAGUAAACUGACAGCAUCAAGACAGCUCAGUCCUCUGCUUAUGUCUCAGAGCUGUUGGUCAUCCCGGAGUAUGUCUCCAAACCUCUCAAACAGAUCAUCUCCACUUGCCUUUAAUAUGGUAAAUCACACCAGUGGUACAGACUGUCCCGAUCCUUUUGCAAAUGGUGCAGAUAUUCAGAUCAGCAAUGUAGACUACAGAUUGUCCAGAAAGGACCUGCAGCAAAUUCUGCAAGAAAUCUUCUCUAGAUAUGGCAAGGUAAAGAGCGUGGAGCUCAGUCCUCAUACGGAUUAUCAGUUGAAGGCUAUAGUUCAAAUGGAAAAUCUACAAGAAGCAAUCAGUGCUGUCAACAACCUUCACAGAUACAAAAUUGGCAGCAAAAGGAUUCAGGUCUCCCUAGCUACAGGAGCUGCUAAUAAAUCUCUGUCUCAGCUUAGCUCAGAAACAAUGUCCAUUCUUCAGGAUGCUCCUGCUUGUUGUCUGCCUAUAUUCAAGUUCACAGAAAUAUAUGAAAAAAAAUUUGGACACAAGUUAAUCGCAUCAGACCUGUAUAAAUUAACGGAUACUGUGGCAAUCCGUGACCAAGGAAAUGGACGUUUGGUGUGUCUCUUACCCAGCAGCCAAGCCCGACAGAGUCCUUUAGGAUCAUCACAGUCUCACGAUGGCUCAUCAGCAAAUUGUAGUCCUAUAAUAUUUGAAGAACUGGAAUAUCAUGAGCCCAUUUGUAAGCAGCAUUGUCUGAAUAAAGACUUUAGUGAACAUGAAUUUGAUCCAGAUUCCUACAAAAUUCCUUUUGUGAUUUUGUCUUUGAAGACAUUUGCACCGCAAGUGCACAGUCUGCUGCAGACCCAUGAGGGCACUGUGCCUUUACUAAGCUUUCCUGAUUGUUAUAUGUCAGAGUUCAGUGAUCUAGAAAUGGUGCAGGAAGGCCAGGGAGGUGUUCCCUUGGAGCAUCUCAUCACCUGUGUUCCUGGAGUUAAUAUUGCCACUGCCCAAAACAGCAUUAAAGUUGUUAAGUGGAUACACAACAAACCACCCCCUCCAACUACAGAUCCUUGGCUUUUGCGUUCAAAGAGCCCCAUAGGUAACCCACAGCUUAUUCAGUUCAGUAGAGAAGUGAUAGAUCUACUUAAAAGCCAACCUUCUUGUAUCAUACCUGUCAGUAAAUUCAUCCCAACAUAUCAUCAUCAUUUUGCAAAGCAGUGUCGUGUGUCUGACUAUGGGUAUUCCAAGUUAAUGGAGUUACUGGAAGCAGUGCCGCAUGUAUUACAAAUUCUUGGUAUGGGCUCUAAACGCUUGUUAACCCUAACAUAUAGGGCCCAAGUAAAACGUUUCACUCAGGACUUAUUGAAACUUCUCAAAUCCCAGGCCAGUAAACAAGUUAUUGUGAAGGAAUUCUUACAGGCUUAUCACUGGUGUUUCUCUAAAGAUUGGGAUGUUACUGAAUAUGGAGUGUGUGAGUUGGCAGAUAUAAUAUCAGAAAUUCCAGAUACAACAAUCUGUUUGUGUCAGCAAGACAAUGAAAUGAUAAUUUGUAUCCCCAAAAGAGAACGUACCCAGGAAGAAAUUGAAAGAACAAAGCAAUUCUCUAAGGAGGUAGUUGACUUGCUGCGUCAUCAACCCCAUUUCCGAAUGCCCUUUAAUAAAUUUAUUCCUUCUUACCACCACCACUUUGGCCGUCAGUGCAAACUUGCUUAUUAUGGGUUUACCAAACUACUUGAACUUUUUGAAGCCAUACCAGAUGUCUUGCAAGUAUUAGAAUGUGGAGAGGAAAAAAUUCUGACGCUGACAGAGGUGGAACGGGUCAAAGCUCUAGCAGCCCAGUUAGUUAAACUGCUGCGAUCUCAGAAAGACAACUGCCUUAUGAUGACUGAUUUACUUACAGAAUAUAGUAAAACAUUUGGUUACACAUUGCGCCUUCAUGACUACGAUGUCAGCUCAGUUCUAGCUUUAAUGCAAAAACUUUGCCACGUUGUGAAGGCUGCUGACACAGAAUCUGGUAAACAGAUUCAGCUGAUAAAUAGAAAGUCUCUACGUACUCUGACUGCACAACUGCUGGUGUUGAUGAUGUCUUGGGAUGAAACCACCUUUCUUUCUGUUGACGAGCUUAAAAGGCAUUAUGAAACUAUCCACAGUGCGCCCCUUAAUCCAUGUGAAUAUGGAUUUAUGACCUUAUCUGAACUCCUGAAGAGUCUGCCUUACUUGGUUGAGGUUUUUACCAAUGAUGUGGCGGAAGAAUAUGUGAAACUUACAAAUCUGUAUUUGUUUGCAAAGAAUGUGAGAUCCUUGCUUCACACCUACCACUACCAGCAGAUCUUCCUUCAUGAGUUCCCAACAGCAUAUAGCAAAUAUACAGGAGAAGCGUUGCAGCCCAAAAUAUAUGGAUAUAAUAGUCUAGAAGAGCUCCUGGGAGCAAUACCACAGGUGGUCUGGAUCAAAGGACAUGGGCAUAAGAGAAUUGUAGUACUAAAGAAUGACAUGAAAACUCGUUUUAGCUCACCCAGUUUUUCCCCUGCUGAUCAUGUGGAUGAUCAUGGAAAUCAACUUGCUGACAAUAAUGGACACAUUAUGGAGAUUCUAGGAUCCACUGCGUCAAUGGAAUUAAAACUAGGAACACCUAGUGAUGUUUCUAAUCAAACUGAACAAGAACUCCUUUGCCUCACAAAUACAUCACCUGUUGACCUCUUGUGUGAACCAGUUCCUUCCUGCCUACCUUCCCCACAACUGAGACCUGAUCCAGUCAUUCUUGAGUCUGCAGACCUCAUUCAGUUUGAGGAACGCACUCCACCUCUCUCUGAGAUGAUGAUUCUAACAGAAGAAGAAAAAAACAGAAUUGUUACCACAGUAGCAAAAGGAAACUUGAGCUGUGGCCCUGUGGUAUCUAGUGCCACAGAGAAUUCUUCAGUGCCUCCCUAUCAAUCUUCUGAAACUCAGCUAAGCAAGGAAGCAAUGGACAGCCCAGCCAAAAAGCAACACAAAAAUAAAGUGAAAUUGGCAGCAAACUUUUCACUUGCAUCUGUAACCAAGCUUUAAAGUUUCUUCUGGUGUGAAAGACAAAUACUAUUGGACUCUGCACAAAAAUAUAGCUAUUUGGUAGCCCUUACGUAUUUUAAUGAGACGGCCUAGAAGUCACUUAAUUUGUAUUUAGAUGUAUUCUGUGAAGAUUUUGUUCUUUUUACACUGAACACAGCUAUCAGCAGGGAAAACUAUUUUUAUUAUUUUGAAAAAACUUCCAGUAUUCAUUAAAUUAUUCUUACCAAGUUUUACCACUCCCCUCCCCAAUAAACCAAUGGUGUUCAGUUACAGCAAAAUAUAAUCUCAGCUAAAGUGGAAUGGAUUUUAUUUUCUUUAAGCCUCAUCAGUGGUGUAAUCCUACAUGUAGCAUAAUAUAUUCUAUAGGCUGUUGCUUACUAAUUGUUUCAGACAGUAUUAAUAAAAUGCAUGAUCUGUCUUUAAAAGCCUGUUGAGGAAUUUUAACCGUUACUGGAUUGGAAUGACAAAGUGUGGUGGGUUUUUGAUUGUACUAAGGGGAAGCUUGUGUUAUGUGCAACUUCUGGUGAUUUGUAAUUGCAUUGUAAUUCCUUUCAUGUAAAGAUGUCUGUAGAAGAUUAUGUGGAUUUAUUGCAAAAUUUGUUUUAAAUGUUUUGUGAAACUUUCAGUUCCGUUGAGGAGCUUUCUAGGAAGUUGAGGAUGUUUUAAGCUUCCCUUUUAUGUUUAGUUCCAGUUUGAUGUGGAUUGGGUUAAGGAAAAAAGAUUGUCUUGGUGUCAUGAGUUUAAAGUAAAAUGAAGACACUCCAUUGUGUCUGGAAAUGAGGUUACUAGGAAGAUUCCAAUAUUUCUAAAAUAUGCAUUUAAUGCAUAAAUUAUGGAUCAUAGAGCAGGUGAUGUAAAGUGCUAUAAGAUGGAAGGUAUUGAUGCUAUUUCCACUUCUAAGGAAGGUUCUAGCUGUAUGUGGAAAUGCCAAGGUUAUUCUGCUUAACCUUGUUUUCUAUUUUUUAAGCAUGGUAAAUGGGAAGCUUACUCUUCGUCACAUUUGUCUUUUAACUGUGUCUGUUUUUAUUCUAAUAUUUACUUCUAGUGUUGGAAGCUAUUUUCAGUUUUUUGUGGUAUUUUGUGUUGGCUUUUGGAAAGGCCAGCCUUUGGAAGGAAGGUAAAUCAGUGGGAAUAACCUUAUUUCUAGUUGGCUGAAAUGUCCUGUGAGUGAGGCUUUAUACCCAUUUUGGGUAAACUUGGCAUUUACAAUGGGUUGUAUUUGCCAGGCAGACUAAAUUUCCUGUAAAACUGAAAGAAUGUAUACCUAAGGUUUUCCACUGGUUGAAUGGUUUCUUUUUUAGAUGGAUUAUAUUUUGUAAUGUACAAGAGUGAUGGAAAGUGGGCUCAGAUUUCAUAGCCAGCAGUUGAAAAUGCCACGAAAUAAUGGCUAUAGACAGAAUUUUACAAGUCAGAUUUUGUUAAAAAAUCUUUUAAAUAUAGCCAAGUAUUACCAAUACUAAACUCUAUAGCCAUUAUGAAUACAGGGAAACACUUGGAAGUUUUUCUGAGCAUUAUGGCACAGUGUUUGAGUCCUUAUUAAACCUCUACAGACAUAGUGUUAUAGAAAGCAAAAACAGAAUGUAAAUUUUUUUAGAAUGCUUUUAAUAAUUUCAUGAGUUAAAUGUAAUAACAUCUGCUAUAACCUUACAUAGAUUUUGUAAGGUUAACAGUGAUCAUUUAGAUCUUUGUUUCAGUAGUGUGUGCAAAAAAAUUGUAAAAGUAUAUUUUCAUGAGAUGCAAUUACAAGUCAUCCAAAGUGCUAAGUAAACCAAAUGAUUGAUGCUAUAAAGGAAAAAUUGAGGUACAACUCUGUACUAUGUUUAUGUGAAUGUGGUGGUUAUACCAUUUAUGGAGGUCAGCAUAUAUAUAUAUAUAUUUUUUUGAUUCAUGUGUAAUUCUGAUUAAAUUGUUGUUUGAAUGUAAUAGAAGAAAUUUUGGGGAAGUUGUGUUCGUAGAGUAACAAAAUAGCCAAUUGAAUUGCAAUAUAUUUUUUUAUCCAAAGGGUUAAUUGAAUGAAGUGACUUGCAGAUCCAAAACAAUUAGGACCAUGAAAUUCUUUAAUUUACAAAUUAAUUGUACUAAUUUAGAUUCAUGUCUGUUUAAAAAAAAAAAAGUGUCACCCUCAGCUUACAUGCACUAUAUCUUCUCGAGGUGGGAGGAGGAAAAAAAAUGUUUUUCAUAGCUGUCUAUUUUGUUAGACACUUUCUUUUGUGACUCAAGUGCUGUUUUGUGUGUUGGGACCAAACAGUUGUGUCAAUAAAAUUUUCAAGCAAGCAUA